AAGCUUCUCUAUCUGUCUCUCUCCUCUUCUUUCUCUUCUUCUUCUUCUUCUCUCUCUCCUUCCGCAGUAAAAAGAUGCAGAUAUUCGUGAAAACCCUAACGGGGAAAACCAUAACUCUCGAAGUCGAGAGCAGCGACACCAUCGACAACGUCAAGGCUAAAAUCCAGGACAAGGAAGGAAUCCCACCAGAUCAGCAGAGGUUGAUUUUUGCUGGGAAGCAACUGGAAGAUGGCCGAACCCUCGCAGAUUACAACAUCCAGAAGGAGUCUACUCUUCACCUUGUCUUGAGGCUUAGGGGUGGAACGAUGAUCAAGGUUAAGACUCUCACUGGGAAGGAGAUCGAAAUUGACAUCGAGCCUACUGACACCAUCGAUCGGAUUAAGGAGCGCGUUGAGGAGAAGGAAGGGAUCCCUCCUGUGCAGCAAAGGCUCAUUUACGCAGGCAAGCAGCUCGCCGAUGACAAAACUGCUCGUGACUACAACAUUGAGGGUGGUUCCGUUCUUCAUCUUGUCCUUGCACUGAGGGGUGGUUGUUAGUGAAAGGUUCUUUUGUCUGAACUGUCUGGUGUGCAGGAGGCUCCCAGUUCUGGUGAAGUUUCUUGUGCACUUCACAUAUAUAGGAGAUAAAAAAGACAUGCACAUAAUAUCAUUACUUUAUUGAAUGGUGGAGCUUGCCAACAUUGACCAGUGAUUGGAAAACACGUUCUGAUGACACUCGUUUUAA